AUGGGCGAGAGCAGCUUGGCGACUGUCGGGGAUCGCAAGGGAGGCUUGGAGCCAGAGGGACCUGUUCUUGCAGGCCAUCCGUCGAUGGGCGGGUAUGCCACUGUUACGACUAGAGGCCAUAUUGCAAAAAUGGUGACUAAGAGCGAGGUCUUGUAUGCCCGUUUUCAGAAGAGGGCGGCCAAGCUCGCGGGGGAGCCGACCGAGCCGAAGAAGAAAGCGAAGGUCUCGGCGACCACGGCGGCCGAGACGGGCGCUCCCAGCAAUGCGCAUUUUGAAGCUGGUCGGAGGGAGGGCCCACGUUCCAGGGACGCAAUCUCCGGUGGAGUCGCGAUGGCGCUCCCGUGCCCGGCGCCAAUUUUGCAAAUUCCUGGUCGGCAGGAAGCCCCGGGUACCGACCAGGGAGGGAGGACCUCAACGGCGGAUUUGGGCUUCAAGGACUUCCGCAACCAGCUGCGGCGACUUCUUCCAGACUUCGACCUUAACCUGCUUCAACCAGGAGCGAGGGUCGAGGAGCCCGGGGCGGAGGCGGAAGCUCCGGCAUCUGACGGGGCUGACCAGGAGGGCUCGGCCGAGGCGGGCGAGGCUGCUCCCGAGGUCGCCGAGGCUGCUCCUGAGGCUGCUCCUAAGGUUGCUCCUGAGGCUGCUGAGGCUACUGAGGUAGAGGCCUCGGUUGCGGAGGAGCCAGCCGUUCCUGAAGUCGUCGAGGACAGUAGGGCCGAGCCUUAA